AUUAGCAGUGAAUUGAAUGGAAGUGUUGAGGAAUGACAGGACAAGAGAUGGAUUCAAUCGACUUCACGGCAAGUAUUUGAAACGCUGUCUGGAAGUACUGCCACACUCUUUGGCCACUCUCGAUGUCAGCCGCCUAACCAUCGCCUUCUUCGCCAUCUCAGGACUCGAUCUCUUGGAUUGUCUUCAUUUGAUUGAACCCCAGAAGCGGGACAUAAUUGAAUGGAUCUAUUCGUUGCAGAUUCUGGUCACUAAAAAUAAUGAAAGCGGCGGUCAUUGCGGUCGCCAUGGGUUUAGGGGUUCGGCAGCCAAUGGUAUGGAUAACCCUUACGACUGCGGAAACCUUGCGAUGACUUAUUGUGCCCUCUCUUCGCUUCUAAUACUCGGCGAUGACCUGAAACGGGUCGACAAGAAGAAGAUUAUCGAUGGCUUAAAAGAGCAUCAGUUAAGUGAUGGCAGUUUUGUUCCCGUAGUCUAUGAGAAGGAGAAUGACAUGCGAUUCGUUUACUGUGCGACGACUGUCUCGUAUAUCCUUAACGACUGGUCAGCCAUCGAUCGCCAAAAGAUUGUCUCAUUUAUAAGAAAUAGUUUC